AUGUCUCUCAAAGUUGCUCUGGCCGGUGCCACCGGUAACCUCGGUCCUGCCGUUCUCGCAGCGCUCACCACUGCCGGAUUCGAGAUCACUGUCUUGACCAGAUCCUCCAACAACUCAUUCGAUUCCAAGGUCAAGGUCGCCGAAGUUGACUAUCAAUCUGUCGAUUCCCUCGAGAAAGCUCUUGCCAACCAAGAAGCACUGGUCAUCACUCUCGGUGCUGUUGGCCUGGAGCCUCACACCAACCUCAUCAAGGCUGCCGUCGCCGCCAACGUGAAGCGCAUCAUCCCAGCCGAAUUCGGUUCAGAUACCACCAACCCCAAUGCCGCCGCUUUGCCCGUCUUCGCCGAUAAGGUCGCCGUCCAAAAGCAGUUGAAGGAGAUUGUCGCCUCAUCAUCCACUACAAGCUAUACAUCCAUUGUGACCGGCCCAUUCUUGGACUGGGGCUUAAUGGUGAAGUUUUUGAUUGAUCUUUCUAGCCCCGAGCCCGUCCUUUACGAUGCCGGAGAACGAAAGAUCAGCGUGACCACCUUGCCUGGUAUUGGAAAGGCGGUCGUUGGUGUCUUGAAGAACUUGGAUGCCACUAAGAACAAGACCGUGUUUGUCCGUGAAGCUGAGUUGAGCCAGAAGGACUUGCUUCAGCUUGCAGGCAAGCAGGUUUCUAACGGCCAGAAUGUCUCCACGGCCGAUUUGGAGAAGGAGGCAUUUGCUGAGCUGCAGAAACCCGAGCCCAAUGUUCACACCUUUGUUUUUGGAUUCCUCAAGCGUGCCAUCUUUGGCGAAGGCUUUGGCAGUUUGUUCCCCGCUGAGAACCUGUCGAAUGAGUUGUUGGGAGUUGGAAAGCUGAGCAAUGAGGAAUUGAAGGCUCUUGUUUCGAAAUAUGCAUAA